GCAUAAUUAAUGGUUUUCUAUUAUUUGGCGGACUGCUGUUGCCAAGAGAGGCCUAAAACACGCCUUAGAAGAAAUAAACUUCUUGUUUUUUUUCUAUUUUGGAUUACGAAACUAGUUUCGAAUUUCCGACCGCAAACAAGGCAGGUUUUUAGGCCAUCAAGAUUUACAGCUUCAUCAUUAUUAUAUUUUAAAGGAUUUGAAAAGUUCUUAGAGGGAAUUUAUUUAAAAUUUAUUUGGGAUAUAUCUCUAUGGACCCAGCAUCCCAUUAAUUAUUUAAUCAUUAUCAAGUCAAAGUGCGAUGAAUCCCGCCCACUCUACGAUCCCUUUGGGUUUUAAUUUAGCUCCUCCGAUAAGUGUUGGAGCUGGACAAUCCCCUUCCCCUCAGGUGGUUCAAGUGCCUCAGCCCCAAAUAUCUGGGAUGGGAUACCCCUUAAUGGCACCACCAAACCUCGUACCGCCGAAGCUACCGAUCAUUACCCAACCCGGAGUGGGAACUUCAAUGGGCGGAAUCGAGGGAGACUGGAAGAGUAUACCCUCCGGAAUACCGAACUGUCCACGGGGACUGGAGUACCUAACGGCUGUUGACCAGCUGCUGGUCAAGCAGAAAGUCGAGCUGAUAGAGGCCUUCACCGGACUGGAGGGCAACAACAGGUACUCCGUGAAGAAUGCACUGGGUCAGAAGGUGUUUCUCGCUGUGGAGGACACCAGUUGCUGUACCCGUAACUGUUUCGGAGCCGAUCGACCCUUCAAAAUGAAGUUGUACGAGGCCCAUAGCAAGGAAGAGGUGCUCCAAUUGCAACGACCUGUAGCCUGCUCUUGUUGUCUCUUCUGCUGCUGCCUGGACAGGAUAGAGAUCUCUGAUCCGCAGGGCAAUGUAAUUGGCAGCAUUAAGGAAAGGUGCACAAUUUGGAAGCCAUCGUUCCGUAUCCUUGACCAAAACGGUGACCUUGCCUUGCGUAUUGAAGGACCCUUUUGGACUUGCUCAGUUUGCGGAAAUAUCGAGUUUCAAGUUGUGUCUCUAACCGGCGAAAAUAUUGGAAAAAUCAGCAAACAGUGGUCGGGAUUGGCACGUGAAGUUUAUACGAAGGCAGAUAAUUUUGGGAUUAGCUUUCCCCUGGACUUGGAUGUGCGCCUUAAGGCGAUUUUAUUAGGCGCCACAUUUCUCAUUGAUUUUAUGUUUUAUGAAAAUUCAAGAGAUGGUGUGCUUGCCUGUGGCGAAUGCAUAUGCAAAUCCAUUUGCGACGCCAUGUAAUUCAUUUUUAAUUGUUAGAACAGUUUUUUAAUGUGAUAUUUGUUUAUGCAGCGAGGCCUGUAUUUUUUAUGCUUUUUGUAAGUGAAACGCGAUUGUAGAUGUACUCCGUUUUAAUCAAAAAUAAGAUCAUUUUGUAUUCUUGUUAAUGGAUUUAAUUGUUGAAUAAAUGUGAAUGUGAAUGAA